AUGUAUGAUCCGGAUCACAGGUGGGUUCUUCUGGAAAAAAAAUUGUUUUUUUGAAAUUUUCAACAAAAAAAAUUGGAGCUUAGAAAUUUUAGAAGAAUGCUCAAAAAUAAACACAAAAAUUUAAUUUUGAUCUAAUUUUUUUCAAAUGUCAAGGAAUAGCACCUUGAUAGCCUAUUCCUCAAGUAGCCGCGCCUAGAGAAGCUGAAUGUCUAGGAUCCACAUCAAGAGGAGCACCCUAGCAAGAAGCUGUGCCUUGAGAACAUGAUUGUCAAGUAGCCGAGCCUAGAAAAUCUAAUUCUCUAGUAGCCACGCCUAUAGUACCUACUUGUCUAGUGUCCGCAUCUAGAAAACCUAGUCCUCAAGUAGCCAGGCCUUGAGAACAUGUUUGUCAAAUAUCCGAACCUAGAAAACCUAGUUCUCAAGUAGCCACAGCUUGAUAGCUUAGUCAUCAAGUAGCCGCGCCUAUAGAACCUACUUGUCUAGUGUCCGCAUCUAGAUAGCCUAGUUCUCAAGUAGCCGCGCCUAGAGAAGCUGAGUGUGUAGGGCCCGCAUCGAGAGAUGUACUCCAGUAAGCAUCCACGCCUUGAGAACUCCUAUGCCAAGUAGUGAAGCCUUGAAAUCCUAGAUGUCAAGUAGCCGCGCCUAGCUAAGUUCAAAUUUUCAAAAAAAAAAACUACAGAGACGCUUGGUGCGCCAACGAAUCAUUGGUACAAUACGAGCCGGACGAGACCGCCAAAAUAUGUGCACCAUGGGAAAAGUUUUGUGUGGUGAGUGAUCUCGAUGUCGUAUUUUAAAAUGCAUUGGUGUGUCAAAGUGCACGCCAACUCACAACAUUUUCCGGCUCAUCGAAAAAUUUCGCUACUUUUUUUCGAAAAAUUGAAUUGAAUUGAAUAAUCUAUGCGUUGAGUCAGGUGCUUUUUGAUGAAAAAAUAAUAUUUUUAGACCGCGGUCAAUACGAUCAACAAAGCUUUCACUUCAGUGAGUCGUGGAUGUGGGGAAAGAUGUUCGGAACUUUGUGAAUCGAUAGGUUAUGGGCAAGAUCAGGUAUGGCUAAAUAUAUCUCAGGCAUGCGCUCAGGAGUUUUCAGUUGCAUACAUGGCUCAGUUGGGUAAGCGCACGCCGAAGAAUCUGUCAGGUUUUGCUGAGUUCGAUCCCGGGUGCCCGCGAAUUUUUUUUUUAGAAAUUCAAAACUAGAAAAAACUGGGGAGAAAGAAGAAAGUUUUGGUCGAAUGAGCAAUAAUUGAGAAGAAAGCGUGCUCUGCGCGCUGUGGAAUUUUAAAGUAGUUAAGGCGAAAAAAUAUAUGUAACGGACGGAAACAAUAGUGAAAAAGGGGGAGGAGAGAGAAAGUGCAGAAGCACGGCGAGCAAAAAAAAAAAGAACGGAUAAUAUUUUGGGGGCAAAGAUUUAUUGGGUCAUUGAGGAGUACGGUAUUUUGAGUUAGGGUAAUUGGGGACGUUUGGAGAUUUAUGGGAGAGGGAGUUUUUUUGGAAAGUUAGGAUUUUAUUUUUUCAAAAAGAGGAAAAUUUCACAUUUAAAAAUUGCUAUCUCCUACGUCAUAGGCUUUAAUAUAGAAUGGAAAAAUUCCAAAUUUCCUGCUGGCUAAAUUUUAUUUCAAAAAGAAAUGUUCCAGAAACCAUAGAAACCGAAAAGUUCCCAAACAAUUUUCAAAAAAAAAUUUCAGGUAAACUGCGAUGAUUGUUGUGAAGAGGAUCUAUGCAAUCAAAACUAUUCUGUUCAAUAUUAUGAAGUUCUAAUGAGUCGACAGUAUGUCUCUUGGUCAACUCCACUUCCGGGAGAGGUGAGCUAACAAUAUCUCAGGCAUGCACACAGGAGGUUUCAGUUGCACAGGUAGCUCAGCCGGGUAAGCGCGCGCCGAGGAAACUGGUCGGUUUUGCUGAGUUCGAUCCCGGGUGCCCGCGAAUUUUUUUUCAAUUUUUAAUAGAAAUUGGGUUUCAAAAAUCAUUUUUGCAGGUCGAAUGGAAUCGCAAAAAGAAUAUAAAAUUUCCCUAUUCACUCGCCGCAUUUCAAAAAUUUCCCAUAAUUUUUAUGGUCUUCCUCCAGCUUUUCCUAUGA